AUAUUUUUUAAUUGCAGAUUUUAUAUCGGUUCCACCGCUCAGGUUUGUGAAUGCUUACCCGGUUACAAAGGUGCGACGUGUGAAAUUAAAACAGAAAUGGAUCUUGAUGAAUGUGCGAACUAUGGUUGCUCUCAGUCGUGUACUGUAAAAGAAAAUAAAGAAAUAAUAUGCACUUGUCCUGGAGGUUAUUAUCUUUUAGAUGAUGGAAAAACAUGCACCCAAGAAGGAAAAACAAGAUAUUUUGUGAGCAUUAAAAUGUAUGAACAAAAUGUGGAUUUAGCUCAUUUAGAUAGUGUGCGCUAUAAGCAACUGAAAAAAGGAGUUGAAAAUGCACUAAAUGCACUUCUAAAACCACGACUCUAUCAAGUUGACAAUUUGACAGUCACAAGUUUUGAACCUAGUCCCAUUGUACAUUUUCAUUUUUUGGGUGAGAAAGAUGAUAACCAACAAGCUAAAGUUGUUCUAGAGGAGGCAUUGAAAACUGGAAAAAUUGAUAAAUAUCGUGUUAAUCGCACAUAUCUAAUAUUAAAAUGGGAACCAGCUCUUAGUAUUCAAGGAAUAGAAACUUCUGAAAAAAUGCCAAUUGUUGAAGGAACUGAAUUUAGCUUAGCUUGCAUUGCACAAGGAUCUGCUUCCAUGUCUUUCAAAUGGUUCAAAGAUGGUGCUCCAAUUAAUGUUCAUACACCAUAUCGUACUAUAUGGACAUCUCAAGUGCCAAAAAAUUCAAGGGAUCAAUAUACUGCUUUAUUAGGAUUUGACAGAACAAAUAUAUUAGAUUCAGGUGUUUUUACCUGCCAAGUAUCAGAUUGGGAUAAUACACACAAUAAAAGUUUGCAAGUGAAUGUUAUAUCAGCUCCUUUGUUUUUAUUAGAACCUUUAACUGCAACAAUUUAUCAAGGACAAAGUUUCAUAAUUACUUGUAUUCCUGAAACUUAUGGCAAAUUUGGAUACACUUGGCUUAAGAAUGGAAAAGUAUUAAAUCCAUCUCUUCAAACAGAACUUAUUGAAGAUUUAUAUCCAGUAGGAACUAGAUUGUUAGUUCAUUCAGCAAAAUCAUCAGUUGUUUAUACAUGCAUUAUAUCCAGUAACACUGGAACUACUAAGAAAAACAGUAUUAUAACAGUCAUUGAUAAAGAAACACCAAUAUGUCAAUCUGAGAGACAUAAAAAUGUAGAAUGGAGUAUCACUGCUGCUAAUACAGUUAAUCUUCAGAAUUGUCCUCAUGGAUAUGAAGGUAUUAUCAGUAGAAAAUGUGUUAUUAGAAAAGGUAAUGUUGCAAGUUGGGAAGAACCUGAUUAUUCUUCAUGUUUAUCAGCAAGAUUGAAAAGUAUUAAAACUCAGUUUGACAGUAUGAAGAUGGGUUAUCACUUGACAGAUUUAGAAACAAUAAUUCAAGAGCUUAAAGCAUAUAUUCUUGAUAAAAAGUCUAACCUUCAUCAUGCAGAGGGUGAACCAAUUGCUGAAAUGCUAGAAGGAAUGCUUGAUUAUUAUGAAAAUAUAAAUGAUCAAUUUAAUAUUUCAUGGAAUAUAUCAGAUACAUUUAUUGAUAUUAUUUCAUUUUUAUUGGAAACACCAUAUCUAAUCAAGAAGCAGUCCCAUAUUUUCAAGUUAUAUAACAAUAUUAAAGGAUUUGGUGAAAUAAGAGGAAGUUUAAUCGAAGUAGAUAGUCUUGAAGUAUAUCAAAAAGAAUUAUUUGAGUUAGAGAUUAAACGUAUUGAAUAUGAUAAAACCUAUCACCUCAGAUUUCCUCAUUUACAAAGGCCAAGAAAUGCAUUACGUUCUAAGAUUCACCAAUCGUGGUUAAUAAAUUCUAUUGAAAUAGAAAUAAACAAUGAAAAUNGACAUCUAAAUCUUUUCUAA